CACUUCGUGAUAGGGUAACAUUUUAAAAGCUGGGACAAAGGCAGUGGAAACCACUUGAAUCUGUUUACAGUUUUCUUAAUUGUCAGGAUGAGUCCUGUCCUUUUGCUAUCUUUGCUACUUUCAGUUAUUCCACAGGCUGAGUUAGUCCCAGAGAAACCAAAGAGAUCUGCUCUGAACCAACUCACCAGGUUACUGCUUCGCAAAUAUAACUGUGGAGUCCGGCCUGUCCAGAACUGGACCAAACCAACUACCAUUUACAUUGACCUUAUAAUCAAAUCGGUCCUAGAUGUGGAUGGACAGACUCAGAAAGUGACCACCAGCAUUUGGUAUCGCCAAAUAUGGAACGAUGAGUUUCUUGUUUGGGAUCCUGAAGAGUUUGAUGGAAUCACUGAAAUAUCGCUGUCCUCGGAUGCCAUCUGGGUGCCUGAUGUCAUCAUAAGUGAAUUCGUCGAUGUUGGCAAAUCCCCAGUCAUCCCAUAUGUUUAUGUCAACUGCUCAGGAACAGUAAAAAACUACAAACCCAUCCAGGUGGUCUCAGCCUGUCACCUGGAGAUUUAUGCCUUUCCCUUUGACAAGCAGAACUGCACUCUGACCUUUCGCAGCUGGCUCCACUCAGUGAAUGAAGUGGAUUUAGCUCUGUGGAGGCCUGCUGAGGAAAUCGCCAAUGAUACGAGAGAGUUCAUGAAUGAUGGUGAAUGGGAGCUGCUGUCUGUCCCUUCUCACUACUGGACACUGAAUCUAGAGAACAGAGACUACGCACAGAUUCAGUUUAAUGUGCUGAUCCGCAGGCGCCCCCUGCUGUACGUGGUAAGUCUGCUCAUCCCGAGCAUCUUCUUCAUGGUGGUGGAUGUCACCAGCUUCUAUCUGCCUCCGAACAGUGGCACUCGCAUCACUUUCAAGACCAGCAUUCUCUUGGGCUUCACUGUAAUCAGAGUCAAUCUGAUGGAUGAAAUCCCUGCUACCGCUAUUAAAACACCCCUCAUUGGGGUCUUCUUCGCUGUCUGCAUGGCCCUGCUGGUGCUGAGUUUGGCAAUGUCCAUUUUCGUAGUGAAGCUUUUGCAUUACAGUGAAAAGGAAAUCAAGGAGAUGUCCAUGUCCGCUUGCUUACUAGACAAAUACGGCUCAAUGGAUCAGAGCUUUAUUGAGAGCGCUUUCACAUCGAUGAAGACACUAGAUGAUAUGGAGCAGUCCGGAGGCUUCGAGUUUGAUCUCUCUCCAGAGCCAGACCUGUUCUCUCUGACAGAAGUCUCAAACAAUGACUCUCCACUGGAGAAGAUCCUGCAGGAGGUGGUGUCUCUCAGACUGUACCUUCAGGAGGAGGACAAUGAGGGCAGUUCACAGUCUUACUGGGUGGAACUGUGCCUGAAAGUGGACAAGCUCCUCUUCUGUGUGUACCUGCUAAUUAUGCUCAUCUAUGUCAUGACUCUACUGCUGCUCUGGGGUGUCUGGAGCUCUGCCUGAAAGUCUGAAGGAGGUGGUUGGGGAAAAAGAGGGGUAAUGAGAAGAGAAGGACAAAACGGAAGUAGAGGGGAUGGAGGAAG